CCCCCCCCUCUCUCUUGGUUCGGUCCGGUUAACUGACUUGGUUCUUUUUCACUUUCCGAUCAAAGCGCGUUUGUUGGCUUCUGUAAAGCGGCCCGUUCGGCUCCAGCCAGGCGGAGCUCGGUGUCUGACCCUCCGCAGCGGAUCGAGUGUUUCUGGGAGGUGGAGAUGGAAGCUGCCGGUCCUGCUGGAAGCUGAACCCGGCUGCUGGUCGGGGUUUGGGGCCUUCGGGGUCCGCGGGGAGCCGCCGCUAGCCGGCUAGGAGCCAUUAGCAGCUGCUCCUCCUGCUGCUCCUCCUGCUCCUCCUCAUCCUCCCGCUGAGAAUGUUGAUGUGUUCCUGUGAGAAAGUGGAUUUCAGCAUCGCCUCCCGGACCGUGACCCGGCUGGUUUUCGAGGCCGAACAGGACGGUAGAACCGCAGGAACCUCUUCCAAUGGGAGGUAGACUUUGAUCGCUUUCUGCCUUCAGCUCCUCCAAACGGGUCGGAUGGCGCAGAAACGCUCCUGAAGUUCUGACCCGCGCUGCGGGAGGAAAGGACGGCGUUCUGGGAGCGAUGCUGAGGCAGAUGGCGGCUGGAGGGAUGUUCUGAUCCAGAGAGCGGCGGUGUCGUUCUGCCGGGUCCGCUGUGACGGAACCUCUGCCUCGUUCUUCUGCUCUGUGCUUCUGGCCGCCAAACCGUUUCAGCCUGACAGGAAAUGCGGCCCGAAGGAUCGGCGCCGGCAGGCAGCUCUCUGCUUUCAUCAGAAGCAGCAUCGCCAUGACCGAAUCGGACCCGGCGGCUCGUUAGGGACUCAGAGAGCCAGAAGAUGACCACGUCCUCCCGGGUCAGAACCCAGAGCGCCACUCUGACCCAGCCCAUCCCGGUACCGACCCUGACCGUCCUGCCGCCGUCCUCGGACACGGAGUCCUGGUCCCGGUCCCCCAGCCCCGGGCCGCCGCGCUCCGGCCCGCUCAGCCAGUCCCACCGCAGCCGGACCAGAACCAAGAGGAGGCAGGAGGAACCGGCCCAAACGUUUGAUGUGGAGUCUGUGCAGAGGGGCCCGGCCCGGCGGCGCCGCCACGCCCCCUCAGAGAGGCAGAGGGAGGACAGCCCUUCCCAGGUCCUGCUCCUGCCGCCGGCCCGGUCCUGGUCCCGGAGCCCCUCCCCCAGCCGGCGGUCCCGCUGGUCCCUCAGGAGCCUGCUGAGCAGAGACUCGGACCUGGACAGCUGCAGUACGGCCAGUAACUCUCCACGCAGCACCCCCGGCAGCUCCCCCUCCUUACGCCGGAGGGUCCUGGGGGGGGGCAAAGCCAGCGAGGGCGAAGGAGGAGCAGAGAAGAGCGGGGGAGGGGGAGGAGGUUCUGACAGCCCGCUGCCCUCCGUGCCCUCCGCCUCCUCCCUGUCCUCCGCCUACCCGCUGGCGUCCCGCCACUUCAGCCGCAAUGCCAAGGUAAGAGGGGGGGUUCUGUUUCCUGCUCUGUUGGGGUUACUGUCAGGCACAGAAAGGGUUAAAAUGGUCCUCACACAUAUAGGAAGAACAGAGUGUUUAAUGUUUCUGGGUCUCUGUGCUCAGAUCACCAUCCAGCUGAAAGACGUGACGUCGAUGACCAAGGAGAAGACCGCCAAGCUCAUCCCCAACGCCAUCCAGAUCAACACUGAGAACGAGAAGCAUUUCUUCACGUCAUUCGGGGCGAGGGAGCGCAGCUUCAUGAUGAUUUUCCGCCUGUGGCAGAACGCGCUGCUGGACAAGUCUCUGUCCCCCAAAGAGCUGUGGCACAUCGUGCACCAGUGUUACGGCACCGAGCUGGGCCUGACCAGCGAAGACGACGACUACGUCUCCCCCACCAGCGAGCACAUGAACGGCCUGCUACCUGGAGACGAGUCGGUGUCUGUCACUGACCUGUUGGACCUGAGCACCGUGUCGGCCCCGUCUGCCGGCAGCUCCCCCCCUUCUGCCUCGGUCCACUGCGGGCUGACCAGCCCGGCGUCGGCCCCCGUCCUCAGCGGGACCUUCCUGCCCUCCUCUGCUUCCUGUCCGCCCAUAGAGGUUCCCUCCUCCUCAGGAAGCAGGCUGGGCUCCGAGCCGCUGGAGCCCAGCCCCCCCAGCUCCCACGGCUCGCUGCCCACCAUCAGCCCCUCCGUCAGCGCCUCGGUCUCUGCAGCUGCGUCCUUCACCCUAGACGAAGGAGGGGACAGUCAGUCCGAGUCGGCCAAUCCUAUGCCGCCGCCGCCAGCAGCUGCCAGUCUGGGAAACCUCUCCUCAUUGGACAUCACCAACGACGAAGAGCUGCCCACUGACCCCAGCAACUCGUCCGACACGCAGGAGGAGACUUCAGGUGAGGUGGAGGCGUUCUGCGCCGACCUGAGCGGGCGCCUCAACAUCAACACGGUGGUGAGGAUGAGCGUGGACAAGCUGCACGACCUGCUGUUCUCCGCAGACACUCACUUCAUCCAGCACCUCUUCUCUCAGAGACACUUCACCGGUACGCAGCCCGUCUUCCUCCUCGUCUCCAUGGCGAUGGUUCGUGUCAGCCGUCUCUGCAGGACUUGUGUGAGCUUGUCUCUGCGGAGGACGGCUGCAGGUUUUUCCUGUCGAGGCGGUGUCCCUGGGAGCGUUUUGUUUUUGUUCUUGGCUGAGCUGACGCCUCCUGGUGCGUCUUUGAGGCUCAGCGCUGGUUCUGCUGGUGGAACGGCGGAUCCUCCCAGUUCAAUGCGGAUACUCCCAGUUCAAUGCUGCUCCUUCAUCUGGUCAUUUCAACCAAGAUGGCAGCAGGACAACGAGCUGCUUCUGGAUGAAAAACCAGACUUCUGGGACAGAGGAGGUGGAGGUGAUGGACCCGGACCCGGGAGGCAGAACCUCAGCGCAGAGGGCGAAGUCUGCAAGCUGGAGACCCUGCUGCAGACUGAGGUUUCCGUGGUAACCACAGGCGAGGAUGCGGGUCCGGACGCCGCAAAGACCCCGCCCUCCCUGCGUCGGCGAAAACGCACCUGCUCCAGGAGGCAGAGCGAGAGGGAGGGAGGCGGCGCUGAGGGCGGAGAGCGAGGAGAGCGAGGAGCAGGAGAGGAGCGGAACCGAAGGGAGACCAGCUCUCAGUUCAUGAAACUGGGCGAUCGCUCUCGCGGUGGAGGACCCACCAGCAUCUCCACCAUCCUCCUCAUCGUCAGCUUCAUGAUCUGUAUCAGCCUGGUGGUGCUGGUCGUCCUCAACAUGCUGCUGUUCUACAAGCUCUACGCUCUGGAGAAAGCGGCUCACACCCUGGAGAGGUGGCACUCCUACUCUGUGGCUGACAGUCCUCUGCCCCAGACGGCCGGGGAGUGGGCCCAGGUCCUCCACCUCCAGAGGCAGUUCCACCAGGCCCAGCUCAGCAAGUGGCAGCAGAUCCUGCAGUCCUCCGUGUCCCUCCUGGACCAGAUGAAGCAUUCUCUGGAGAAACUCCACAGAAACAUCGAGGUACCGGAGCUGCAGGACCCCCCCGACUCCCUGGCAGAGCCCCCGUCUGAGACCUGAGCCCCCCCCAAUCAGAAUCGGGUCCCGGUCGGACCGCUCCUUCCUCAGCUCUCCUCCUGACUGACUUGAAGUAGCUUCAGACGCCUUUAGCUUCGACCAAUGAGAAGCUUCCAGAACACAGCAAUAACCCCCCACCCCCCCAGCUGGGUCCCAUGUGUAUAUAAGUGAACCGGCCCACUGGUGGGCCCAGAACCUGACCUGCUGCCUUCUCCGGAUCGGUUCCACCCUGAGACGGACCAUCUUAGUAUUUAUUAGAACCUCUAAAGUCUCGUCCUGCUUCCAGCGGUCAUGUGACGGCUGCUCUGCGCUCUGAUUCGCUGGUUUUGGACCAACCAGAUGCAGCAAAAAUGAUUUCUGAAUGUUUCCCUGCAGCUGGUUUAGAUCUACACUGAGGAAGAACAUGAUGUGGGUGAAGAAGAGGAGCGGGUGCGUUGCCAUGGUUACGUUCUCCUUGUUUUUGCUCAUUUUUCUUUGUUUU